AUUCUCCUAAAAGAUCUUGAAGGAGAAGUGCGAGCUGCAGCAGCAAGUCAAUUAAAAACUUUUACGACUAGUCUUUCUCCGGAGUCCAGAGAACAAGUAAUAAUGGAAAUAAUCCUCCCCAUUAUUCGAGAAAUGGUUGCCGAGACCAAUUUGCAAGUUAAGACUGCUUUAGCUGGCGUUAUGAUGGCUCUUGCUCCUCUUCUUGGAAAAGCAAACACCAUGGAUCACCUCUUGCCUCUUUUCCUUGUACAAUUAAAAGAUGAAAAUCCUGAUAUUAACUAA